AUGAGUGAUGAGCUAAGCCUUGAGGAACUAAGAGUUGAGAGUGCAACCCACUCAGCUAAGGAAUUCCGACGACAGUACAAUGUUUUGGAAGAAAUUGGCCGUGGUGGUUUUGGUAUAGUUUAUCGAGCCACACGAAUAGCUGACAAUCUGCCAGUAGCAGUGAAAUUUGUUGAGCACAAGCAUGUUAGAGAGUGGACUAUGACAUGUAAUCAACUAAUACCAUCUGAAGUUUGCCAUCUGGAAACAUGCAAAGAUGUUCCAGGUGUUAUCCGAUUAAUCGAUUGGUUUGCAAACUCAAAGGGCUUCCUUAUUGUUAUGGAACGGCCGGAAAAUUGUAUGGACAUUUUUGAUUUAAUCUCAACCUACGGCCGACUUGAUGAGGACACUGCACGUGCAAUUUUCAUUCAAGUCGUGGAUUCGGUGUGCACGAUGUACGCUAAGCAUGGUCUCAUUCAUAGGGAUAUCAAGGUAAUCAUGGGUUUUGCUGCAUAAUU